AGCGACAAAGCUUGUUGUGGCCAAGCAAACAGUUUUCAAGGUGCGCAUGUGACGCACGCCGAGCGAAAAUCGUACGAAAAACUCAAAUCAAAAGCAAAAUCGCGAUGUAUUGCACUACGCGCAUUUUGCGUUACAUUUUAUGUGUUAUUAAUCUGUUGUGUGCCCUAAACGGCUGUCUGCUCAUUUGGUACGGCGUUUGGCUUCUAAAUAGUCUCGUCGAGCCGCAGCACAUUGUCAUUGAUAAAGGCGAAAAAUUGGCAGCCAUACUCUGCAUUGUCUUGGGCUGUGUCAUUGUGCUCACCAGCGUAUUGGGCACUGUGGGUUUGCUAAGGGAAUGCAAGCGCAUUUUAAUAAGCUAUGCUGUGCUCUUGGUGCUGCUGCUAGUCAUACAGUUUAUUCUAUUUAGCCUAAGCUAUGCCGCCAGCAGAGAUCGCCUGCCCGCCAGCCUAAAGCAAGGAUUUGAUGAGCUCUGGGAUCCGCUGCACAGCGGCAACAGCACACUCAAUGCCUAUGAGCAAUGGCUGCAUUGCUGUGGCCGCAAUAGCGCCGAGGAUUACAUGUUAUUGGAGCGGGAGUUGCCUGCGAGCUGCUGCUUCGAACGCGACUGCACCAAGCCGGUGAAUUUGUUUAUGAAUGGCUGUGAGAGCACGUUUAAGGAAUAUGUCAGUCGCAAGACGGCCAACUUUCACACCAUCAGCUGGCUGCUGAUACUAACUGAGUUCGUUGGCUCUGUGGCCACCUGUUAUUUAGUGGAUAGCAUACGAAAUCAUCGCGAUCGCGUGCGCUUCUAUAAUUAAUACAUAAAUUUGUAAUUAAAAUGUUAGCUGUGCUCGCUGUAUUACUAUUUUAGUUAAUAUAAUUAUAGUCCCUAUGCAAAUGUGAUUGUAAACUAGUAGUUAUAGUUUUUACUACUCAUUCAUUCAUUGAUCAACACAAGCGAAAGAGAACAAAUAAAUGUUGUAAAAAGCGCAACUCCCACGAUAAAUAUAAACAAGACAUGUACGAAAAUAAAAAUUAAAAACCUGUUGCAGUCAACGAAAUAAAUAUAGCGAAAAACAAA